CAGCAACACUCACCUAGUACAGUACAGUUACUGCUUCCACAUAGCACCACAAGAAGCAAGAAUCACUCUCCUCCAAUUAAUACCCAGCUCGAUCGAUUGCUGUUGCUCGAUCAGCUAGCUGCAACUAACUCCAAGAUGAAGACGAAGGCAUCGUCCUUCUUCAAGCAGAUGGUGUCGACGAUCGUGGCGGUGGUGAAGGCCAAGUCCACGGCGGUGCGCGUCAAGACCAGCGCCCUCAAGACGCGCCUCCUCAUCUUCGGCAUCCUCCGCAACAAGAAGCUGCUCGUGGCCGCCAUCAACCACAAGAUCCACGCCAUCAUGGGCCAGCAGCAGCAGGAGGCCGACAAGGAUCCGCAGGGCGCCAUCGGCGGCGACGGCAACGACGACGGCAGCAAGAAGGCCAUAGUGCUGUACACGGCACCGAGCUAUAGUUUCUCCGCGGAGCUCGGCGAGCACGAGGUGGAGGCGGCGCGGGAGCAGGAGGACAGCGACGACUACCUGACCCACUCGCUGUUUGCGGAGGAGGACGAGGAGGACGAGCUGGUGAACGCGCCGGGGUCGGUCAUCGACGUGAUGCGCGACGCCCGGGAGCGGGAGGCCGCCGGCGGGGGCGCCGAGUUCCGCCUCGAGGACGAGAUCGACCACGUCGCCGACGUCUUCAUCCGCCGCAUCCAUCGCCAGCUCAAGCUGCAGAAGCUCGACUCCUUCAAGCGCUUCUGCGAGAUGCUCGAGAGGAGCGCCUGAUCGAUGAUCCAUCCCGGCCUUAAUUAUUUCGAUCUGCUACCAAUCAAUUAACCGCCAGUACUGUGCAAGGUCAAACCAAGCUGAUUAACGCCUGAUCGCCAGGCCAAGGUUAUAUAAAUAUAUAAUCAGUUACAGUAACUUGGAGAGAUGAAUUAAUUCCGUGCAUGUAGUAAUGUAAGUAGAAGGAAUAAAGGUGGACAUGCAGGGCGAGAAGAUGCUUUCCUUGAGCUAGGGUUUAAGUAGUAGUAGAGGGGAUGGCAGCUGGGUUUAACUAGCCAUAUGUUCUUUGGUUCUUUUGGGGAACAUUGCUCAUGUGCUGAAAAGCUUUCCAGGAAUCAAUAAAAAGCGAAAAAAAAAGUGUAUAGAUU